GUGUCCUUUCAAAAUACUAAAUAAAAUAAAGAUGGCGCCCCUGACACUUUACUGUUUAAAGCUGCAGGCCGAGCUUCACAUUCAGCUCACGCACAAGGGUGUAGUAACAGCAUGUGGCCACCAGAGGGAGACAGUCACAACGCAAACAGAAUCUGGAUUUUCUGACCUGACACUUUUCUAACGUGUGUUAUUGUUCAGAGCCAUAAUUGAAGCCAUGUGGUUGGAACAGCAGCACAUUUUAUACAGAGACAUGACUUGUGGUGCUUUGACUACUACUGCUGCUAAGAUUAGAUCUCACAGCUACGUCGGAUCGUAGCGUUUGCAUAUUAUCGGCCAGUUGGAUCUGUUUGAACACAUCCUCGUUGUCUGAGUGUUGCCUCUUGUGCUUCUUUUAGAGCUUAUGUGUUUGCAUGAGCGCAGUUUUCCAGGAAAACAAAUGACACCGCAUCAGGUUUUCAGAAUGCGUCUAUAUUUAGAGUCAUAUAUAUACGUGAAAGUGUAAAUAAAGAAGUGAUUGCAUUGAAGGCACCGUGAGUACGAUGUGAGGGGCUCGACUCGCGCCCCCUCUGAACGCUGAUUGGUUUGUGUUACUGGUUUCCCUGAGGAUGUGCGCGUCUGGAGGCAGCUGGACGGUUUCUGCUGCUCCAGGUUUGUCAGUGGGCGUGAGGACAUCCUCACAUCCAGUGGCUCAUCAUCAGCAGCAUUUGCUCCUGGGAGCUCCACAACCCACCCGUUUGACUUGCAAACGAGCAGCAGAGCGACAGAAAGUAGAAGCACAGUGUUCCUCUCUCACUCUGUCGCUCGCUUCCUGAUGCCUUCGCUCUGCAGGAGGAAGUCGAGCUGUGUUUCAGACUCUGACGCCGACACGAACAGAUCCUUUGUUCGGGUUCACCUUCUCCGUGAAGACGUCCAGAAGCAUGUCGUCCUUCAACCACAGCAACAAUUCGACUGAGUGCCGACACGUGGACGCCUCGUCUCACGUUUACUUCAUGCUGUUUUACAGUGUGUUGUUCGUGGUGGGUUUGCUCCUGAACGGCUUCACCCUCAGGGUUUACUUCUGCCGAGCUCAGCAGAAGGCGUCCAGCAGCGUGACCAUCUACCUGAAGAACCUGGCGGCCGCCGACUUCCUCAUCAGCCUCUGUCUCCCCUGGAGGAUCAUGAACUACGCCAGGCCGUCCGUGCUCGUGCGCCAGGUUUACUGCAACUUUGGGGCGUCCGCCUUCUACCUCAACAUGUACGCCAGCAUCCUGUUCAUGGGCUUCAUCGCAGCCAACAGGUACCUGAAGAUCGUCCAUCCUCUGGGGACCUCCGUGCUGCAGAGGGUGCAGGCUGCUUACAUUAUCUCCACGGUAACCUGGGUGGUCCUCCUGACCAUCACCACGUCGUACGUCAUUGUGUCGCUGCUCACCCAGAAGCCGCUGACCUCGGUUCCUGCCUCUGUGACCUGCGACGCCCUGCACAGCGAGCAGAUCAGCCUGCUCUAUAAAGUCAUCCACACCUUCUCCACCCUCAUCUUCCUCUUGGUGCUCGUCUCCCUGGUGGUCUUCUACUACAACACGUCUCGCAGGUUGUCUCUGGUGCAGCGGAGGCAGCCCACGUCCACCAGCUCCAAGAAACUGGCCAAGUCUCGGCGGAACAUGCUGGUUCUGGUCAGCGUGUUCUGCGUGUGCUUCGUGCCCUACCACCUGGUGCGCCUGCCCUACGCCUUCCUGAGGAACCAGUGCUCCUGGAGCUUCUACCUGAAGGAGCUGACGGUCGUGCUGUCCGUCCUCAACAUCUGCUUCGACCCGCUCAUCUACUUCAUCUUCUGCAAGGCCUUCCGGGCGCAGCUCAACCUGAGGAACGUGUUCAGCACCACGUACGCGGCCCACGUGGAGAACACGGAGCGGCGGAGCAGCGGGGGGCGGGGGGGCAGCGGCGCCGCGGACCGGAAGACGUCGCUCAGCACCACCUUCGUGCAGGACAGCGUGGUGUAG